CAGAGCGCGCGCCCCGCGCUCCCUCUAAUCUGCUCGUGCUGCGGCUCCCCGGGGAUGAGCGGAGCGGAGAGGUUGUGCGUUCGCGAUGCUGCCUUGCGGCAGGGAGAGUCGGCCCUCCUGGUUUUUUCUACCUGCUUGGUGAAAACGCUUCGAUCCGAAAUGACAGCAUUCAAAGUACUGGUGAGAUCCCAUCAGAAAGAGGACCCUAAGAAGAGCCCACAAUUAUAAAGUGAGACUGGCCUUACCUGAGGAAGAAGAAUUUAAAACCUUCCUGGCACAGACUGCUCGAAUGGCAUGUGCCAAAUACCCAAAGAUGGUAAUGAAGAGACUCUUUGGAGAUGCCCUUGAGUACAGCAUUACAUGAAUACAGCAUUGCAUAGGAUAUGUACCCUGAAGACCUGUGGCCUUUCUGUUUUUUGUACGGUGUUGCCAGGAAGAGCCCAGGGAAGCACGGAAGAUAACAACAUGGAAAAGAAACUGCAGGGGAGUAAAAGAGGUUUUUCUCAAAGAGAAAUCCCCAUCCCACCAGCCGCGCUGCUACUGCUUGCGAUGGUCCUUAUGAACAUCCUCCUCUAUCUCUACCUUGAUCAUGUUUUCGUUUCUCCUCCGCCCUCUGGUGUGGAGGCCCGUCCAUGUCCCUUUGGUACCUUCCGUAUGGGACAGAUGAAAAAUUGUUCCCCUUGGCUAUCUUGUGAAUCCCUGAGAACAGGAGUCAGGAAGCUGAAACGUGUUGGGGAAGGAGCAGUGAAAAGGGUCUUUCUUUCUGAAUGGAAGGAACAGAAAGUUGCUCUUUCCCAGCUCACCAGUCCAGAGGUGAAAGAAGAUUUCCUCCAUGGUGUGAAGAUGCUGAAAUCCUUACAAAGCGAACACGUGGUCUUGCUGAUUGGCUAUUGUGAAGAUGAUGGCACCUUUCUUACCGAAUAUCAUCCCUUGGGUACUUUGAAGACCCUGGAAGAAACAUUAAAUCUCCCUAAAUAUCAAAGCCUGAACACUUGGCAUCACAGAUUGAAACUGGCGAUUAACUAUGUAAAUAUCAUUAACUAUUUACACACUAGUCCCCUGGGUACAUUGGUGAUGUGUGACUCAAAUGACUUAGACAAAAUGCUUUCCCAGUACUUGUUGACAAGCAGUUUUCGUAUUGUGGCAAAUGACCUCGAUGCCUUGCCUGUUGUCAACAAGAGUAACGGGACCCUGAUCAAAUGCGGCCACAGGGAACUUGUGGGGGAAUUUGUAGCCCCUGAGCAACUGUGGCCCUAUGGAGAGGAAACACCGUUUUAUGAUGAACGUAUGCCACCAUAUGAUGAGAAGACAGACAUCUGGAAAAUACCCGAUGUGGCCAGUUUUCUUUUGGGGCACGUGGAAGGGAGUGAUGUUGUCAGAUUCCAUUUGUUUGAGAUCCCCCAGGCAUGA